UAGCAAAAUUUUCAGUACUCAUUCAUUGCGUAUAAUCGCAAUUUGUGUUAACUUUUUUUAUCCAGGUGUUUGAUAGUUAUCAAUUUAUUGUACAUAUAUCGGUUUUCCAAUUAUAAAUGCAUUUCCGGCGUGACGUGCACAGAACAAAUUGAAAUAUGCAUUUAGGUGGAGUUUUGUAUGUUUAUAAAGGAGAAUGGGGGCUGCCGUCCAUCGACUUCGAUUGCCUGCGUGCGUUGUGUUUGGUUAAAUUUACGCGUUGCCCGCUACAAAUAGACACAAAUGCAAAUCCCAUGCGCUCAAGCACGGGGAAACUACCCUACCUCCAGAUUGGAAAUAAAACGUUCUGUGACUACAGACAAAUCAAGAAACUGCUGGAUAAAGAGGGCUACCCAAUAGAUGCCCAUCUGCAGGAAAAUCACAAACUCCUCUCACCCGCUUACACCAAUUGGGUAUUUACUAAUCUACAUCCGUACUAUCACUAUUUUAUGUAUGGUGAACCGAACAACUUUGAUACCACACGCAGUCUGUAUGCCAAACGUACCACCUUCCCGUUUAAUUUCUUCUACCCAAGCAGUUAUCAGCGGGAGGCAUGUGAUAUUGUUCAGGUUAUGGGUAAUUUUGAUCCGCGUGAUAAGCUGGAAAAUCAUGACGGUGACUCUCUCGUUAUAAAUGCAAAAAAAUGUGUCAAUCUGCUAUCGAAAAAGUUGGGGAAAAAAGUUUGGUUCUUUGGCGAUUUCUUCAGUGAAUUCGAUGCCAUUGUGUAUUCGUACUUAGCGAUACUUUUUCUAGUUACACUGCCCAAUAAUCCGCUACAAAAUCACAUAAAAGGCUGUCAGAACUUAGUGAAUUUUAUCAAUCGCAUAACAAGAGACAUUUUUAGAAACGAGGGCUUUAAUUCAAUAAAAGCCAUAAGAAGUCAGUCAUCCAAUGAUCCAUUACUAACGGCUACAGAACGUCGUUUCUUAGAAUCUGAGAAGAAGACAAAAAUUUUGGCAGCAAUUGGCGCUGUUGCCGCGAUGGGCACAUUUGCUGCCUGGCGUGGUGUCUACAAGCAGUUUUCCAAUUCCAGACGUUAUUACGAUGGUUUGGAGUAUGAAGAGGAUGAUGCGUUGGAAGAUGAUGAUAUGGAGUAACCUUCUUGUGACAAAAUAAAUGUUUGCCUUCCAAAAGAGCUAUGGAACUACUAAAAUGCUUUGAAAAUAAUGUGUUUAGAGUACAAAGAAGCUCUUUAUGCCGGAAAAUUACAAGUUCUCUGCAAGGAAGGCUCUGAUCUACCAGCAAAUUUUAGUUUUAGCACCUAAGUUUUAGUUUAUCGAAAAAAAAACAUCAAAAUAAAGCCUAAUUUUGAAAUGAAA